GGAUGAAAUUAGGGUUUAUAUCUUCUCCCUUGACGCGCAGCAGAAAGGACUUCAGCGAAACAGUGUAGAAGCACCGUAAACCCUAAAUCGUCACCAUGGGUCGUAUGCACAGCAGAGGAAAGGGAAUCUCGGCAUCUGCUUUGCCGUACAAGCGUUCACCCCCGACUUGGCUCAAGACCACCGCGCAGGAUGUCGAUGAGUCAAUCUGCAAGUUUGCAAAGAAGGGUUUGACUCCAUCUCAGAUUGGUGUGAUUCUUCGUGACUCUCACGGUAUCCCUCAGGUGAAGAGUGUUACCGGAAACAAGAUCUUGCGAAUUCUGAAAGCCCAUGGUCUUGCUCCUGAGAUUCCUGAGGAUCUAUACCACCUGAUCAAGAAAGCAGUUGCUAUCCGCAAGCACUUGGAGAGGAACAGGAAAGACAAAGAUUCCAAGUUUAGGUUAAUUCUGGUGGAGAGCAGGAUCCACCGUCUUGCUCGUUAUUACAAGAAGACCAAGAAGCUUCCUCCAGUAUGGAAGUACGAGUCUACUACUGCAAGCACUCUUGUGGCUUAGAAAGCAUGGAGUUAAGUGAAAGGCUUCAAGAACGUUUUCUAUUUUCCGCAUGUCACUGGACUUAAAUUUCUCUGUUUCGCGUUAGUUUUUUUUUUGUUGUUGUUGUCAAGCUACAAUGAAGGUUUUGAUCAUUUCAAUGAACAAACGUGUUUAAUAUAUUUUUAGAAUUGCUCAA